AUGGAACAAGUGCAUAAACCUGUUGUGCCAACAAUUUCUGCAGCCGUCUCGGAGACGUCGUUGGAUUGGGAAACAAAAAAAGAGCGCCCCCGCUCACUUCGUUCGGUCACAUUUUCAAGUGCAACUGUCAUCCGAAUCACCCGGGAUACCGUAGAUGAUGACCCUAAGAAAUCCUACCUCGAAGCUGUGGAACCGCCACGCAGGACGAAUUGCUAUGCAAAAAUUGCUGGACUUAUUUUCCUAAACCUCGUUGCUGCUUCAUUAAUUCUGGUAUUUGUGUUGUCCAAAAAGCAU